GCUUCGACCUUCAGUAUACUUGACGUUCUUAUUGUAAAGACAUUUUCUUGUUAAUAAAUCGUAGUCCAUAUCAAUUAAAAUCUUUCCAGAAGCUUGGCUUCAAUGGCGGCACCCGUGUUAACUAAGGAGGCUGCUGAAAAGACCGCGCGUUCUAUAUUCGUAGGUAACAUACCGUAUGAAGCGACUGAGGAAAAGCUUAUCGAACUAUUUAGCAAGGCUGGUCCUGUAAUCGGUUUUCGUUUGGUAUAUGAUAGAGAAUCUGGGAAACCCAAAGGCUACGGAUUUUGUGAAUACAAUAACCCAGCUAUUGCUGCUAGUGCUUUGCGGAAUCUUCAAAAUAUUGAAUUCAAUGGUCGUCCUCUACGUAUCGGACCAGCUGCUGGAGAGCAAAAUUCUGCUGAACUGGCUCUAAGUAACCCAUCAGUUGGUCCACCACUUGAAAGCCCAUAUGGAGAUAAUAUUGAUCCACAAGCUGCACCAGAAGCUAUUAGUCGAGCAGUUGCUAGCUUACCACCUGAACAAAUGUAUGAACUAAUGAAGCAGAUGAAACUUUGUAUACAAAACAAUCCUAAUGAAGCACGUAAUAUGUUACUUCAAAAUCCUCAACUAGCAUAUGCUUUACUACAGGCUCAAAUCGUUAUGAAGAUUGUCGAUCCCAAAGUGGCCAUCGCUAUGUUAAAUCGCAGUCAUGAUCAAAUCCCCCCUGCUAUGCCGGAUGAAGACAUGUCUAUGAGAGCACCAGUUAUGGCUUUCCCUGGUCAUAUCAACCAGACACCACCUUCUGUGGGUCCUAACACUCCAGGAAAUCAUAUGAUGCCUAUGUCUUCACCUGGGUCUCACUUGCCCCCCUCCGGCUUUCCACAUCACGGUGGACCUGGACCCGUUCCACACCCAAAUCAUUUCGGUGUUGAACAAGUUCCACAAAGAAGUCAAGCACCUCAAGGAAUGCAACAGAAGUUUUAUCCAAAUAAUGUGCCACCUAAUGGGUUUCCUCCUAAUUCUGUUGCUCCACCAUCCCAGCCGCAUUUUGACUAUCCAUCAGGUCAAACACAGUCAUCAGCUAUGUCAGGACAACAACCACAUUUCAAUCCCAAUGGACCUCCAAAUAUGGCCGUCCGACCUCAAAGACCACCUGCUGCUCAGAUUACCCCUGCAAUUGCUGCAGCGGCAGCUGCAAGUAUGGGUCCCAAUAGUUUACUAGCAGGACAAGGUGAACAAGAAAAAGUCACACUUAUUAUGCAAGUUCUUCAGCUAUCAGAUGAACAACUUGCUCUCUUGCCAGAGGAUCAACGACGCAGCAUUAUGAUUUUAAAAGAACAACUCGGCAAAACAGGAGCAAUUUAAUCCCUUAUAGUGUGUUAUUUAUUGAUAUUUACAGCAUCCCAAUAAAUUUGUAAUUUAUUAAAAAUAAAGCAAUUGGAAUUAUGCAA